AUGGCAACAUCGAAUCGUUGCUCGGUAUGUCAAAAACGCGCAGGAACUUGCAUUUGCCCUGGAUGUCAAGCAUUUUUUUGUGAUGAUGAUUUCCAAAGCCAUCGUGGAUCGUUACUUAAUGAAUUAGAUGGACUUACGGUUGACAGAAAUGAGCUUCAAGCAAAAAUCAACGAGGCUACUUCCAAAAAAAUAUCUGUCAAUCACAUUGUUGCACAAGUUGAUGAGUGGCAACGAAAAACCAUUGAAAAAGUAAAAGAAACUGCUGAAUUGGCUCGACAGCAGAUCUCCAAAAUAAUGAAUUCUAAACUGGAAAAAAUUAUGGGAGAGUUCGAAACACUGUCACAAGAAUUGAAAGAGCUGCGAGAAACAAAGGGUGUUGUUGAACAGAAUUUAGAAAGAUUGAAAGAAAAAAUUCGUCGACUCAAUGAAGAUUUAGAACAAGCGGCUCAAUCACCAUCAAUCGAAUUAAAUACGAAACAGAGUGAUCAAAUCAUAUGGCAACACAUGAUAUAUGUCAAAGAAAAAUCUGUAAAUCUUUUUAAUCGAUGGCGUCAAACAAAAUCAAUAGGUGAGCAUCAAGAAAAAAUUGCAAUGUUAAAUUAA